CGUGAGAUUCUUUCUUUUUUUUUAAUCUCCAUUUUAGACAGUGCUGUUGCAUCAAUGGGCUUCAUGACUGGGACAAUGUGCCGGGGUCUGGUCAGUUGCUGAUGGCCCGAUGGUCUAUGAAUAGCAGUUUUCCCAUUGCUGAGUCUGCGUGUGACCUGGGUGAUGGAGGGGCAGGGCCCAGGAGAGAAGCAGGCCGAGGCUAAUCGGACCGUAGCCGCGGCCACCCCCGUCGCAUCAGCUGCCAUCACCAUGGCAACCGUCAGCUCCGUCAGCAGCGGCACCUGCACCCAGACGCCCUCUACUUCCCUGAGCAUCAUCUCACCCGACAGGCACGCAGUCCAGGUGAUCCAACACGCUAUCCACAGACCUCAGAGCAUGGCGGCACAGUACCUGCACCAGAUGUACGCCGCCCAGCAGCAGCAUCUCAUGCUGCAGACAGCCGCCCUGCAGCACCAGCACAGCCCGCACCUGCAGAGUCUGGCCACCAUACAGCAGGCUUCGGUCUCUCAGCGGCAGUCCGGUGGCGGUGUGGUCCAACAGCCUCCUGGUGUCCCCCAAAACUCGAUUACUUUACCAGCAUCCCCGGUGACGGCACAGCUGAUUGGCCGAACCCAGACGUCAACUGGUGCUGCGACUACCAUAUCCCAGCAGGCCAUGCUUCUGGGAAACAGACCGGCCAACUGUAACCAAGCUCAGAUGUACCUUCGCACUCAGAUGCUCAUUCUAACCCCUGCAGCCACGGUGGCUACCGUUCAAUCAGACCUCCCUUCCAUCACCUCCUGCUCCUCUUUACCUACCCCCUCUCAGGUGCAGAACCUCGCUCUGCGGGCCCACUUGCCUGGAGCUCCUGCCACGGCCCACGGUGUGAUCUUAAAGCCGUCCGCCCAGUCGCAAACCCUGACUCCAACCACCAAGACGUCCACCUGCGGGCUGAAAACAGGCCAUCUGACUGACACCUCGACAGAAACCGGACCGGCUGAUGUCACCCGGCUGGCUUCAGGAGGCCAUAUAUUGACGCCGGCCUACUCUCCGGUGCAGACGGGCGCUGUGGUCAAGCAGCAGCUGUCCUGUCCACCGGACCAGCGGGCGGCGCACCAUCUAAACCACAGGCAGCUCCAGCCCAUCGCUCUCAGAGUGGCUCCUCAAGAAACCAACUCCCACCCUCUCGCUCUUUCCGUUAAAAGACUGACCGCGUCCUGCUGCCAAUCAAAAACCCACAGCGACCCCCGGGCCCCUUCUUCUUCUUCUUCUUCGGUCAUCAGCGUGUCCGCAACCUUGGCUCAGACCUCAAUCCCAGCCGCCACCAUCCAGCCCCAGCCUCCUCCUCUGGUGGCCGCUCCGCAGCGGCGUGCGGCCUUCCCACAAGUUCAGAACCAGCCUCCGCCUCCGCCCCCGCCCCUGGUUCUCCCCAGGCUGCCACGGAACCCCCCGGCCUCCCUCCAGCGGCUGUCUCUGCACUCGGUCCAGGCUCUGGCCGUGCAGUCGGGGCGGAUGCUGCUCACGGAGCGGGAGCUGCCCGUCGCGGAGGCCCUGGUCCAGAUGCCCUACCAGAACCUCCCGCCCCCUCAGACGGUUGCUGUCAACCUGAAAGUGCAUCGAGUCAGACAGAGUGAAACUCCGUCGUCGGAGGCAACGUGUAAAGUGAAUGGAUUGAGCCCAGAGGAGAGCAAAGAUGAAUCUUCUCCCAGUCCACAGCCAGACAGGAAGCCGACACCUCUUACUGGACCUCCUAAGGAGAAUGGUUCAGCAGUCACGUCCUCCCUCACAUCCAGUCGCCCCGUGAGCAGGUCACCAGAGGUGGAGCAACCCUCCCUGCUCACCACCACCACCAGCUGCAAGCCUCCUCCUCCAUCUUCUCCUCUACCUCCACCCGUCCUGCCAGCAGCAGUAAGAGUCCCCAGCCGGCCCCCCUCCUCCCCGGCCAGCGUCCCAGGCAGCCCGGACGGGCUCCUAACAACCCACGUCCUCACACACCUCAUAGAGGGCUUCGUCAUCCGAGAGGGCCUGGAGCCCUUCCCGGUGGUCUCCCCCUCGCUGCUAGCAGACCAGCAGGCUUCACUUCCUGAAUCCCAGGAGACUCAAACCAACGGGGACGCGGCAGCAGAGGACAGUCCGCUGGACGCCGACCUGUCGGACACAACCGACUCCGAGAUGGAAGACGAUGGACCUGCAGCAGAUGAUGCAGAGCUGGGGGAGAGUGCGGCAGGUGUGCUGCAGUGUGAGUUCUGUGGGAGUCGAGGUUACGCUCACACGUUCCUGCGCUCCAAACGCUUCUGCUCCAUGACGUGUGUCCGAAGGUUCAGCGUGAGCUGCAGCAAGCGCAUCACUGUGCUGAGAGCGGGCCGCUGCGGUCACAGGCCGGCGGGCCGGAGAGGACGACCUCCCAGCAGCAGGGUCAACGGAGCCUCCAGGGAACAUUUCCUGAGACAGGCCCGCGGGUCGUUUGCCUCGGAGGAGACCCGCCACAGCUUCCAGAGGGAGGAGGAGGACCAGGACGAAGACGAGGAAGACGAGCCUCCCGUUCCCAUGACAACCAGGCUCCGGAAACAUGUGGAGAGCGUGCGAGAGAGGGAGCAGGAGAGAGAGCAGGAGCAGAGGAUGUCCGAGACCAUCAGUGUUUCCGACGGAGAAGACGACGUCGGCUGUCCGUCUCAGUGGAACGUGGAACAAGUGUUUUCUUUUAUCAACUCCCUGCCAGGUGGGGAGGACGUGGCCGAGGCGUUUCGCUCCCAGGAGAUAGACGGACAGGCUCUGCUGCUCCUGACUGAAGACCACCUGGUCAGCACCAUGAACCUUCGGCUGGGACCUGCUCUCAAACUGUGCGCCCACAUUAACUCUCUGAAAGAUGCGUGAUCGCCUCAAAGUCCCCGGCAAGAUCGGACAACCAGGAAAAACAGGAGGAUGAAAGAAAAAAUGAAGCACUACACAUUUGACAUUUGUUCGACUCACACGACGACAGGUUGGAUUGUGGGUCGUGUCGAGAGGAAUUGCUGAAUGCACACAGACUGUAACGGCUGAUCUUAAUGAACAACCUGAGCGUUUCUUUUUUAAACUCCGCUUGACUUUCAAUUCCGGUGAUUGUAGCAGUUUGGCUCCGGUUAUCCAUUUGUUACAAAAUGGUAAGUCAAAGGUUCUUUGUAUCAUUUGUAAAACAACGAAAACAACUAUACCUUGUUACACAGAGAGCUAAAGGAUGCUGUACCAACUCAAAGUUUACAAAACAGAGUUACUAUUUAACCGCUGAUUUCACUUGUCAUCAGCAAACUAUUAACUUGUGGAACUAAAGUGAUGGAAAGGUUAUUUAUUAUUAAUUUAUAACUGUCAUAAUCAAUGUACAAAUAAAACUGUUAAAGUAUC